UAUUUGUGUUGUGUUGUGAGUGCCAAGUUGUUAGUGACUAAGAUGGCAGAAUCUGUGGAUGUCACACACGAUGUUCAUUCCCUUCUCUCUUCUCCGGAGAGGGACUUUCUUCUUCGUAACAACGGCGAUCAGGUUAAAAUUGACAGCUUGAAGGGAAAGAAACUUGGUUUAUAUUUUUCGGCAUCAUGGUGUGGUCCGUGUCGAAGAUUCACACCGACUUUGGUGGAGGUGUACAAUGGAGUGGCUUCCAAAGGUGAUUUUGAGGUUGUUUUUGUCACAGCUGAUGAGGAUGAUGAAUCCUUUAAAGGUUACUUUUCCAAGAUGCCAUGGCUUGCAAUCCCAUUUUCUGACUCAGAGACUCGUAGUCGCCUUGAUGAAUUGUUUCAAGUGAGGGGGAUUCCCCAUCUUGCAUUACUUGAUGAAACUGGGAAAGUUGUUACUGAAGAUGGAUUUGACAUUAUCCGCGAGUAUGGAGUUGAAGGAUACCCUUUUACAUCGGCAAGGAUCCAAGAGUUAAGAGAUCAAGAGGAGAAAGCUAGGAUGAAUCAGUCCUUGAGAUCUGUAUUGGUGUCUGCAUCCCGUGACUUUGUUAUAUCAUCUGAUGGAAACAAAAUACCUGUGGCUGAGCUUGAAGGCAAGACAGUUGGUCUGUAUUUCUAUUUGUCUUCUCACAGAUCAUGCAUUGACUUUACUCCACAACUUGUGGAGGUUUGUAAUAAGCUGAAGGCCAAGGGGGAGAACUUUGAGAUUGUGUUGAUACCCCUUGAUGAUGAUGAAAAUUCAUUCAAGGAAGGAUUAAAAAGUAUGCCUUGGUUAUCCUUGCCUUUCAAGGAUAAAACCUGUGAAAAGCUGAUUCGGUACUUUGAGCUUUCAACCCUCCCCACUUUGGUUAUUAUUGGACCAGAUGGGAAAACCCUUCAUUCUAAUGUUGCAGAGGCUAUUGAGGAUCAUGGGGUUGCUGCAUACCCAUUCACUCCUGAAAAGUUUGUCGAGCUCGAUGAAAUAAUCAAGGCCAAGGAGGCAGCUCAAACCCUUGAAUCAAUUUUGGUAUCUGGAGAUCUAGAUUUUGUCAUUGCGAAAGAUGGGGUGAAGAUUCCAGUGACUGAAUUAGAGGGGAAGAUCAUCCUCCUCUACUUCUCAGCCCACUGGUGUCCUCCAUGCCGUCUCUUCCUUCCAAAACUUAUUGAUGCAUAUCAUAAGAUUAAGGCAAAGGACAAUGCAUUUGAAGUCAUUUUCAUCUCAAGUGACAGAGACCAAGCCUCCUUUGAUGAAUUCUUUGCAGGAAUGCCAUGGUUGGCACUUCCCUUUGGUGACUCAAGGAAGAAAAACCUGAGUCGCAAAUUCAAGGUAUCUGGCAUCCCCAUGCUUGUGGCCAUUGGAUCAAGUGGCCAGACUGUCACAACAGAAGCGCGACAUCUCGUUGCACUUUAUGGGGCUGAUGCUUAUCCUUUCACUCCGGAGAGAUUAAAACAAAUAGAGGCAGAAAAUGAAGAGACUAGGAAGGGGUGGCCUGAGAAGUUGACGGAUGAAACACACAAGCAUGAACUUGUGUUGACGCGCCGCAGGAUUUAUAACUGUGAUGGUUGUGAUGAAGAGGGACGUUUAUGGUCUUACUACUGUGAAGAGUGUGACUUUGAUCUCCAUCCAAAAUGUGCAUUGGAGGACAAAGGUAGCAAAGAUGAUGACAAGGAAGAAGUCAAGUCCAAAGAUGGAUGGGUUUGUGAUGGAGAAGUUUGCACUAAAGCCUGAAAUCUGCUUGUUAUAUUUUGGUGAUUAAUUGUGUGUAGUUUUCUUGCGUGUGAUGGCAGUUAAAGGCCUUUUCUAGUAUGUCUUGUGGUUAUGAGUUAUGUAAAAUAAUUUGAAUAAAUCUUUAAUAUAUGGUUUAGUCUUUGUUCCUUCUUUAUUACUCGGCCAAAAAUUGUGGCUAUACUCUUUGCCAUCCCGCUUUAAUAUUUCAACCAUAUCUUAUAAAUGCAUUAACGGGUGACUUU